CGAAAUGUGGAGGUAUGAUGCAGCCCAUCCGGCAGCUCAGGAAUGUCACAAACAUCCCGUCUGUCUUGAUAUGCUAAUCUGGGUGUAUAACACUGAUUUACAAAUAUCUGUUAAAGCCGAGAUGGCUGACAGUCGUGGUACAGACGCUGGGAGAAACGAGACCUUUACUCUUUUAUCUUCUGAUCCCGGAUCCGACGGUCAUUCUAACCAGACUGCUGUGGAAGCAGCCCAGCGAGCCGGGGCCAUGUCGCGACAGAGCACGGUGAUCCCAGACGAAUCCGUCUUUGAGGAGUUCAGAGCCCAGUGCCUGUCCACAGAAAACUGGCAAUGCAAGUACAACAGCUGCGACAUGAACGUGUGGACGGAGAUGGCACCGGAGAACGGCAGCACCGCAUCCAAAGUGCACAAGAUCAAGUGCAGGAGAGCCAUUAAGGACGUUUCUGCGGCCACCAUGUAUGACGUUCUCCACGAUUCGGAGUUCCGCGUGAAGUGGGAUCCCACCAUGCUGGAGAGUUUUGACAUCGGCCGCCUGUCCGUCAACACCGACGUGGGAUACUUUUCCUGGAUGUGCCCCAAGCCACUGAAAAACAGAGACGUGGUUACACUGCGCUCCUGGAGAGUCAGAGAUGACGAGUAUCUGAUCAUUAACUACUCCGUGAAGCACCCGAAGUACCCUCCUCGCAAGGACCUGGUUCGCGCGGUCUCCAUCAUCACUGGCUACAUGCUGAAGGAGACGGGGCCCAACAGCUGCAUCUUCUUCUACCUCUCCCAGGGUGACCCCAAGGGUUCCAUUCCAAAGUGGUUGGUAAACAGAGCCUCGCAAAUUCUAGCUCCCAAAGUGAUGAUGUGCCUGCACAAGGCAGGGCAGCGCUACGUAGACUGGAAAGAGCAGAACUCUCCAGAGAGGAAGCCUUGGCUUUACCCCGAGCAGAGCGAGUUACCCUGGAUGGAUCCAGCAGAACUGGUGAUCCAGCGCAGGGAGUCGCUGGAGAACGUGGACGAGAGCUCAUCGCAGAAUUCUCCGGAGGGCGAGACAGCUGAGGACAGUAGCUGAGUGGGGGGGGCGGGGCCACCCCCUCACCAUCAUGGCCCCAAAUCACUCUCGGAGCCCAAACCGUAACUGUUAUGGGACGAUUCCCCCUCCAGGCUGCCCGCUGGAAUCACUGAGUUAUGCAGUGCUUUGCACUCAGAUGUCAGGCAGUAUUGCUGUCUCUGUUUAGGUUACUGUUAACAUAUUAACCAGAUGGGUACAGCUGCAAAGGUGUCUGCUUGCAUCUUGCGAAGAUCAAUCAUGGCUCAUGUGCUGCCAUCUCAGUGCCUGACGGCGAAGCUCGGCGUUUCGUGAUUUUAUACGCGCCGGUUCCCCUCCUUCGUCGCGGAUGCAGGAAUGAAGUAUUUCCACCCGCUCAGAUCUUAGAUUAUGAAUAAGGUGCUGAUGGUGGUAAAAGCUGAUCUGAAGCAUGUGAAGCUGCUUUUUGGGGGGGGAACUGCAGCCUGGGGGGGGGCAGCAUCACACUUUUCUUCUGUGAAGGGGGGAGGGUCUCCAUUUCUGAAGCUGGGGCCUUUCUUGAAAUCUGAAGAAUCUGGAGCUCAGAACAGCCAUCUGCACUCAGCUAAAAUUAUUCAUUAGUAUGUACUGUAACAGGCCACUUACUGUUUCAUGAUGUUAUUUUUAUGAACUAUGCAACUCCACAUAAACCGUAAAGGCUUUGGUACAGAGAAAAGCCCAGUGAUACAAGGCAGAGCUUGAAGACAGACUCUGUUAGCACCUAGACGGUGGAGGUUUUGAACCGGCAGUCAGACUUUAGACAGCUGUUGGACUAAGACGUUCUUCUAUACUGCUGGGGCAAGCAAAGUCAUGCCGGUUUUCCUGUGAGAUUGUGUGACACAGCUGUAGCAAAUGUUAACACACAGACGACUAUGCAGAUGUCAUGGGUCUUUCAUUGAAAGAGGAAACCACUAUAUUUAUUAACAUACUCAAUAAGUGAACUAAAAUGCUCUGGUUAUUCUGUUCAAAGUGUGUAUGGAGUCUCGUAUCGCAACAAACAGACUUUAUUUAAGAUCCCAGCUGGUGCCUUACUCUCUAUGAGAAAGUUACAUGGUUUCACAGGUUAUUCCUUUCGUUUGAUCGUUACAAUAACUGAAUGGAAAACAGACCUUUCUUUCUUUAAAUAAUAAAGGGGGAAACGCCGCCGCAGUGCUACACACAGCUGCGGGAAUCUGCACAAACCCUCUCUCUAAACACACUACACAACCUUAACCACAGUACUGUCCUCAAACAUGCAGGAGCCUCUUUUGUCUCUCUGGAUUCAGACUAUAUGUUCUCACUUCACAGGAGGUCCUUACAUUCCUGGUCCACCUUUGCCUAACAUCCUGAUACAUUACAGUACUGUUGGGCAGAUGAAGCUUCUUAAAACAAUUGCUGUAUUUUUUGACCCCACUAGAUGGCACCCUUGCUUUGGGACAUGCUUCGAGCCCUUUUAUGUACAGAGAGCACCAUCCAAUGGGGUCAGAAAAUGCAGGAAAUGGUUCAGGAAAAUUCAUUUGCCCAUCACAACAGCACAGCAAGGCCAUUAACCCCAGCUGCUGCAGCGACACUAGCUGACCCCGGCUCCAUGACCCCCAAGCAUUGCUCACCUCACUGUGGAUAUAAACAUCUGCUAAAUAAA